AUGUUGAAGUUGAUCAAAGAGUCCAAACAGCGACUGCAGCAGCUCUGGGGCAGCCAGUUAGCCAUCUGCUGGGGCUUCAUCCCCCUCGUGCUCUACCUGGGAUUUAGGACAGGUGCAGAUCCCAGGAUGCCAGAGCCAACUGUUUUGAGCAGGCUUUGGGGAUGA